GUUUUUCUUUCUCAAUGUUGGCAAGGGACUGCCAGUGAAAGUCUUUGUUUACAUGUUCAAACAAACAAACUUGUUUUCCUGGAUAUUGUUGUAACUUUUUAACCUUGCGUUGUCAAUGAAAUUUGCAUCUUUCUUGCGGUUCAUGUAUUCACUUUGAAUUCUAUUCGUGAGCGAUGUGAGGUCUUAGUUACUCGUCAAAGCAUGCACGAGUCUUUACAUACCAUUGUAGGUUAGAAGUCCCCACACUCGAUGGGUCGCAAGGCCAAAACUUUGACAGGAGAUGUCAUCGAAUCUUUUUUUGGCGUUUACUUGCUUGUGUCUGCGAGUACGAAUCCUCGGUACAAGGGACGCACCUACAUCGGCUUCACCGUGGAUCCCAACAGACGGAUUCAACAACACAACCUGGGGAAGGAGAAGGGGGGAGCUUGGCGAACAAGUGAUAAAGGCCCAUGGGACAUGGUCUUAAUCAUCCAUGGAUUCCCGAAUGACAUAUCAGCAUUGCGGUUCGAAUGGGCAUGGCAACAUCCUCAACGCUCUCGUCGGCUCAGAAAUGUAACCAGGAAAACUCGUAAAGAAUCAUCGUUUGAAUACGCACUGCGAGUUGUCUCCCAAAUGUUGUGUGUUGGCCCUUGGUGUAGACUUCCUCUUUCUAUCAGAUGGCUUUUGCCUGAUCGUGCCCGAGAUUUUCCUGGCGGUAAUACUCCUCCGAUGCAUAUGGCAAUUUGCCAUGGGCCAGUUGUGAGCAAGAAAAUUGCAUCCAAGGAAGCUGAUGAUGAUUUAUUUGAAGAGUUUUCAUCUAUACUGUGCUAUAUUUGUAAAUCUCCUUGUCUCAAAGACAAUACCAUGCAGUGUCUUCUCAGAGAUUGUAAUGUGGAAACACAUGCAGUUUGUUUAGCAAAACACUUUCUAAGGGAUGAACCAGAUCAGUUUGUGCCCGUGGAAGGCUCCUGCCCAAAAUGUUUUACGAGUUUCUUGUGGGGAGAUCUAGUGCGCAAAAAGAAGGGAUGCUAUCAACAGCUUGGCGAAGACAAUAAUGUGUGUAAUAUAUCUGAAUAUGAUUUUGAAAUGCCUGACUUUUAAACGGCGUGGAAAUCAAUUCACUUUGUAAAUGAAUUUGAUAUUUAUAUGAACUGUUAAGGCCUUGCCUUGAAUAUAUAUAUUUUUUUUUUACAAUUAUUUAAUUUGUAUAAAGAAUAAACAUUGUUCAUUACUAACUUUCA